GUAUGUAAGUAUGUAUGUAUGUACAGUAUGCAUGUACAUAUGUACAGUAUAUGUAUGUAUGUAUGUAAAGUAUGUGUAUGUAUGUAUGUAUGUACAGUAUGUAUGUAUGUAUGUAAAGUAUGUGUAUGUAAGUAUGUAUGUAUUUACAGUAUGUAUGUACGUAUGUACAGUAUAUGUAUGUAUGUAUGUACAGUAUGUGUGCAUGUAUGUAUGUAGGUAUGUACAGUAUGUAUGUACGUACAGUAUGUAUGUAUGUACGUAUGUACAGUAUAUGUAUGUAUGUGUGCAUGUAUGUAUGUACUCUACACACCUGUCGCUGAUUAGCUUCCUCGCCGUCUUAAGCCAGUGCAAACCUGCAUUCCGGGCCAGAACGUAGCGACCUCUCCCCGUAAAGUAAGCCGACAAACCCUAGCUCUAUGCACUCUCUCUCUCUCUCUCUCUGUGAUUCUCCCCCUCCCUGUUCAUUGGUCUCGUGUCCCCCUGUUGUCUUCCAGCAGCAUUCCUCCGUUCCCGCGUUACGAGCUGUGUGUCUCGUGUCCCCCUCUGGUUCCCUGGCUGCCCCUCUUGGAUCUCCACCUCCCGCCUGGACACGGACUUUGACGCCUCACGCCUGCCCAGAGACCUCCGAGCAUGCCUUGCCCCCUCGUGGACUUCCGCACCUCGCUCAACACUUCCGGAAUCAGUUUCUGCCUACUUUGAUGGGCAGGACCGUGUUGCCAUGGAGACAGCGUGUACUAAGUUGUGGUGGGAGUUACGAUCAAAUACCACAAGUCCAACUUGACACACUGAGAGAACUACGAGUGACAACUCCAACAUCUUCUCCUCUCAGUCUGCUCCACUCAGAGAACAUUCUAGACAACUCCAACAUCUUCUCCUCUCAGUCUGCUCCACUCAGAGAACAUUCUAGACAACUCCAACAUCUCCUGGAACUCAGCGUCACUCACAAGGUGCUGCUUUUUUAUUUAACUAGGCAGAGGACAGAAAGAGGCGUGUUCUCUCUCUCUCUCUCUCUCUCUCUGUGUGUGUGUGUGUGUGUGUGUGUGUGUGUGUGUGUGUGUGUGUGUGUGUGUGUGUGUGUGUGUGUGUGUGUGUGUGUGUGUGUGUGUGUGUGUGUGUGUGUGUGUGUGUGUGUGUGCGUGUGUGUGUGUGUGUGUGUGUGUGUGUGUGUGUGUGUGUGUGUGUGUGUGUGUGUGUGUAGCCUUGUGAUGCCAGAGGAAAGUCGAUGUUUGCAGGAUGAAGAUGAAGUUGUCAGUGCUGUUCUUGUGUCUUCUUCAUCUGGUGAGCGGAGGACUUCUCACCAGGAACGAUCUUCAAAGCGAUGGCAUCAGUUUGACUAAAUUAUCCAGGAGAGCAGACCGACACAAGAUCAUGUUUGCCAGGAGAGCACAAUACGAACAGCAGAGACUUCACAUGAUGAGCCCUAAAGGGAUGCCAGACCCUCCAAGGGACUACCUGCCUACCAAGGUGUCCUCAAACCCUGGCAGGCCCACCUGCUCCCAGCUGGGCCAGAGCUGCCUGCCUCACCAGGGAUGCUGCGAGACCUGUUCUACCUGCCAUUGCCACUUCUUCCAAGCCAUUUGCUUCUGCAGGAGGAGUAAUGUGUCGUGCAGCCACAACUCUUGAAGGAGGGCCACAAGCUUGCGACUGGACCAACGCAGCGUCCGCCAUGUUGUGUCACUCUGAAAACAAUAAAUGGUCAUUAGAAGGACGUCGUUAUGUAACCUAAUAA